GAAUAGGAAAAAGGAUAAAAAAUUAAAAAAAAAAGUAGUUCAACUGGAUUAUAAUUUGUAUGUGUGAUUAGCAAUAAUCAAUUGCUUGCUCUCUCUGGUUCUCUGCAUUUAAAAGGUGGCAUAUUAUUUCGUAUUGUUCUUAAAAUUCCCACCAUCGUUAUGCUUUCUUUCGCGGCGUGGGAAGAACCUAGUCUAUUUGAAUAACUUCUUUAAGUAGGCGGACCGCACUUUUUUCAAACGACCAAUCAAAAACAAAUAAAGGAAGGAAGGGGGUAAAUAAGGGAGAGCCCACGGGUGUUAUGGUGUGGCACUGACCUGUAUGAAUAAAUAAAUAGGAACCAAGGGGCUUUCAUUUUUGUUCAUGUGUUCGUGCAAUCGUGCUCCGUGAGAAGAAGCUGUCUAUCUGCUUCAUCAUCUCCUUUCUCUCUCACUCUCUCUUUCUCAUCACUCAUUCAUAACAAAAAUGGCAGAAAUUGAUUCGGUAGACGAGUUCCUCGCCGUUGCAGUUGAUGCAGCCAAGAUAGCUGGAGAGGUAAUUCGUAAAGGGUUCUAUCAGACCAAACAUGUGGAGCAUAAAGGCCAGGUGGAUUUGGUCACAGAAACUGACAAGGCAUGUGAAGAUCUCAUAUUUAAUCAUCUUAAGAAACAUUUCCCCACGCACAAGUUCAUUGGAGAGGAAACUACUGCUGCUAAUGGUGUUACAGAGCUAACUGAUGAACCCACUUGGAUAGUUGAUCCUCUGGAUGGAACCACAAACUUUGUGCAUGGAUUUCCAUUUGUGUGCAUCUCCAUUGGUCUUACAAUUGGAAAGGUUCCCACAGUUGGUGUUGUUUACAAUCCAAUAAUUAAUGAGCUUUUCACUGGAGUCCAUGGAAAAGGUGCUUUUCUGAAUGGAAAUCCAAUAAAAGUGUCAUCUCAAGAUGAACUUGUAAAGUCUCUUCUUGCAACUGAGGCAGGAACAAAACGUGAUAAGUUGACAAUAGAUGCUACUACAAACAGAAUUAAUAGCUUACUUUAUAAGGUGAGAUCUCUUCGGAUGAGUGGCUCCUGUGCAUUGAAUCUCUGUGGAAUUGCAUGCGGGAGGCUUGAUCUGUUUUACGAACUUGGAUUUGGGGGUCCUUGGGAUGUGGCCGGUGGUGCUGUUAUUGUUAAAGAAGCUGGGGGACUUGUAUAUGAUCCAUCUGGUAAGGACUUUGACAUCACAUCUCAAAGAGUAGCAGCUUCAAACCCUCUGCUUAAGGAUGCAUUUAUCAAGGCAUUGCAGGAGUCGGAAUGAGACAGAUUCGACCAAUAUGUGAGAACUGGAAAGUAUAAUUUAUUUUAAUGUAUGUUCCAGUUUUAGGUACAUUGUUCAUGCCGAGAAGCAUCUAGCAGUUGGCUAGUCAUAUGCCAAAAGGUCUUUGCCGAAAAAAAAAAAAAAAAAAAAAAGAAAGAGUUGAUUUUUGUAAUGAUUCUUCCGAUUGCCAUGUGGCCUCAGGCAAUAUCAUAAUUAUUUAUAGAAUCUAUUCAGUUGACACAUGGUUAAUAAUUGAAAUUUGCAUUGCUCUAAAGUCUAAACAAUUGCUGUUUUUUUCCCAAA